GCCACGCCACACCGCCCCGGCAUCGCAUCGGCUCCCUGGCUGUCGCAUCACCGCGUGGGGAGGGGCCCCGGUUCCCACUAUUGACUGCUCGGCUGUUGUAUUACCGACCGCUUUACGUUAGGGCCACGGCCACAGAGGAUGUGCGCGAGCGCUGCUCUUUUCAUCUGCCUGAAGCGCACAAUGUGCCUGGUUUCAACAUGAUUUUAAAGGGACCUUAGCGGACUGACUCUUUCUCCAACAUACAACCCGUGAACCCUGUUUAAACCGAGAGGACAUGCGCCGGGAUAAACGCGAUUACAUUGUCCGGACACCGCGAGACGAGAGGAGCAUGUAACCGGGAGAACUGCACCGGCGGGCAGCACCUGACACUUCUGUCUCUCGCUCCUUGUUUCCUCAGAAUUGGAGUAUUCUCCAUGUGUUGACUGAACGCUCUUCGUUGUUUUGGGAUUAUUAUCUUCAGCAAAAUGAGCGAGGAAGUGUCAGAGGUCCCCAAAGAGCUUCUGGAGAGUGUGAGGGAUGCAGUGGGGAGGAAGGUGAAGCUGUCACUGAGGAGGAGAGUCAAACUGGAGAUCAAAGGAGACAAGACGGAGAACAGAGUCUUGGCCCUUGCAUCCCACCGAGCCUACCUCUUGACAGCACGCAUUCCAGCAAAGGUGGAACACUGCUUUAAUUACCUGGAGGUCCAGGGGAUUGCUUGUAACAAGCCUACACAGCUUUUCAUAGAGUACGAGCGUGGCUCCUUCUCUCUGAAGCUGCUGUCUACAGAGGAGGUCAAUGAGGUGGUCGCUCACAUAGGAAACUGUCUGCUCAGGAUAUGUCCCGGCCUUCCACCUAGUAAAGUUAUGAAGAAGCUCACCAUGGAGCCUCCGGACAGGCUGACCUCUCUGCAGACUCUGUGGGAGAACAACAAGCCGGCCGAGCCCGGACCCUGUGGUGGGUUUUCUCAGAUGUACAGAUGUGUAUGUGACUGGUUGGGGCUGCCGUACAAAGAAGAAGUACAGUGGGAUGUGGACACCAUCUAUUUGACACAAGACACCAGGGAACUUAACCUGCAGGACUUCAGCCAUCUGGAGAACCGGGAUCUGGUCGCUAUAAUAGCAGUCCUGGAGUUUAACCAGUGGUUUACUAAGCUCUCCACCAAGGAUUACAAACUGUCUGCAGAUGUGUGUGAGCAGAUUCUUCGGGUAGUGACUCGUUCCAGUCGGCUGGAAGAGUUGGUUCUGGACAAUGCAGGACUCAAAACUGAUUUUGCCCAGAAGCUAGCAGCUGCCCUGGCCCACAACCCCAGCUCAGGACUCACCACCAUUAAUCUUGCCAACAACCCACUGGAGGACAGAGGUAUCUCCUCCCUGGGUGCUCAGUUUGCCAAACUUCGUAUGGGGCUCAAGCAUUUAAACUUCUCCAAAACCUCACUAUCACCCAAAGGGGUGAACAGCCUUUGCCAGUCACUGAGCGCCAACCCGUCCAUCCCCAGCAGCCUGGUCCAUCUGGACCUCUCAGGAAACGUCCUCCGAGGAGACGACAUGCAGCAUUUCUACCACUUCCUUGGCCAACCCAACAGCCUGGCAACACUUGAUCUUUCCAACACUGACUGCUUAUUGGACCAGGUUUGCUCGGCUCUGCUGCGAGGCUCGGUCCAACACCUCUCUGUUCUUAAUGUUUCAAAGAGCGUCUUUCCUCACAGGAAAGGCAAAGAGGUUCCACCGUCAUUUAAGCAUUUCUUCAGCAGCGCUGUGUGUCUGAACUCCAUCAACGUGUCAGGAACCAAGCUGCCGCCAGAGGCCCUCAAAGCUCUCCUACUUGGCCUGGCCAGUAAUCUGAACCUAAAGGAAGUGACUCUAGACCUCAGCUGCUGUGAGUUGCGGUCGGGAGGUUCUCAGAUCCUUGAAGGUUGUAUUGCAGAGAUCCCAAACAUCUCUAGUCUAGACAUCUCUGACAAUGGCCUGGACUCGGACUUGGCCACUCUGCUGGUGUGGCUGGCUAAAAACAGAUCAAUCAGACACCUGUCUCUAGGGAAGAACUUUACCAACAUCAAGUCCAAAAACCUUGGUCCAGUGCUGGACAGCCUGGUCCACAUGAUUCAGGAAGAGGAGUCGCCCCUCACCUCUCUGUCUCUAGCGGACUCGAGGCUGAAGAGUGAUCUGACCAUCGUUCUGAACGCCCUCGGCAGCAACUCCUCUCUCACCAGGUUAGACAUCGGCGGGAACGCCAUGGGGGACAUGGGAGCCAAGAUGUUGGCCAAGGCGCUACAGAUCAACUCCAAACUCAGGACUGUGAUCUGGGACAGGAACAACACCAGUCCUCAGGGGCUUCAGGAUGUAGCAGCCGCUCUGGAGAAGAACUUCACAAUUCGUUUCAUGCCCAUCCCCAUCAACGAUGCCUCGCAGGCUCUGAAGGCCAGCCCUGAGAAAACAGAGGAUGCCUUGCUAAAGAUUGAGAGUUAUCUGUACAGGAACCAUGAAACCAGAAAGUACCUGCAGGAACAGGCCUAUCGGCUGCAGCAGGGCAUCGUGACCACCACCACACAACAGAUGAUUGACAGAAUCUGUGUGAAGGUGCAGGACCAUCUGAACUCUCUGAGAAACUCUGAGACAGACGUCAUAUUGGAGGACGUUAGGACAGCCGAGAACCUUAUCAAAGAUGCCAGGAACUCUAAAACGCUGCUCCCUAACCUGUACCACCUAGGAUCAGCUGCUAGAGAGGAGGUGAACAGCUCCUCAGCCGGACCCAUCCAGGAGAAACUGGAGUCUAUGGCUGGGGAGGUGACCAGUGUCAUGGACCAACAGCUGCAGACUCUGUUGGAGUCUAUGGUGGAUGCAGCAGAGUCUCUGUGUCCCCAUGUGAUGAAGAGGAGUACUCUUCGUCCAGAGCUAAUGCAGGCCAGCUCAGCCAAGAUGGUCGUACCCAAAAGCUUUGUCACCAAAACCCUCCUGGAGCAGUCUGGCGUGGAUAUCAUCAACAAGAUCAGUGAGGUGAAGCUGAGUCUAGCGUCCUUCCUGUCUGAUCGCAUUGUUGAUGAGAUUUUGGAAGCUCUUUCCACUUCCCAACUCACUCUGGCGGACCACCUGGUGCGGCGAGGUCGCCCUUUGAUGCAGCAGGGGUCUGUUGAUCUUGACGUCCCAGAGGAGAAGAUUCCUAAACGGGCAUCGACCGAGAUUCUGGAGGGCGAGAGGCUGGAGGAUCUGGAGACCUGCAUGAUUUUGUGCUGCACCACUAUGACUCCUAAAACCAAGAGGAAGAGCAUCCACAGCAGAAUGCUUCGGCCGGUGUCUCGUGCCUUUGAGAUGGAGUUUGACCUGGACAGAGCCCUGGAGGACGUCCCUGUCCUUGUGGAGGAGAGUUCUAAAACUCCAACAACUCCAUCUCAGAUGUUUCCCAAACUGGAGCACCGACUGCCAGGAGGGAUGGUGGAGCUGCCGUCUGAGGAGGAGAAAAAGCUGCAGCACUUCACCAAACUACGACCCCGCCGGAACAAGAAAAAGCAUUCCAGCAAAAUACCCCAAAUCAACAGCGCUCCAUCUCAGGAUGGGGAGCAGAAUGGCCUCAUGGGAAGGGUGGACGAGGGUGUCGACGAGUUCUUCUCUACAAAAGUCACCAGGAUGGAUUCCAAACGUUCCAAGGGUUCAGAAUCUCAAGAUGGAGAGAAGAAGAAGAAAGGUGGAUUCCUCAACCUUAUCAAACGUUCCACUAAAUCUGACAAAGCAGAUAAAUCUGACAAAUCAGACAAGUCAGAGAAAAACCAGGCCACCCCUGCAGUCCCGGGGACAUCCUCAGCCUCGGCACCAGCCACUAUCCCUGAGGAGCCGUCCUCUCCGAAGGUGGCACUGAAGAGCCCUGCGCUUGAGCCAAGGUCCAGAGACGCCUCCAGCCGCUCGCAGCCCACAGACUACAGCAGCAGCUCCGACCGCUCCGAGGAGCUGAGGACGCCCGACUCUAUGGACGAGCCCUGGGAGUGUUUAGACGGCAGGUGGAGUCCUCAGGGGGGCCGGAGGUACCCGGCGCUGCAGAUGAUGGGCAGUGGCCUCCUGGCAGAGAUGAAGGCCAAGCAGGAGAGGAGAGCCUACAAGUCUUCCAGCCCUGACAGGCCGGAAAGCAAUGCUACAGCCAAGCCCCAGCCAACCAAUUCAGAAAGCAGGUCUUCCAGUGGCUCUAAUAAUAAACCUGAUUCCCCGACUGGUUCUCCAGAGAAGACCUCUCCCCGUGCAGAGAACAAGCCAGACCGGGCCCCUCGUCUCAAGGCUACGUCUUCCUCCAGUUCCCCUGGGGGGCCAUUCAGUCCCAAACCUCCGGUCCCCCAGGGAGCAAAGCCUGCUCUGGCUGCCCGGCCCACCAUCCUACAGAAGCCCAGGACCAGCAGCACCAGCAGGAGCAUCGAUGAUAUUUCAGAUCUUCCAAGCAGUGGGCCUGGGUCUCCUAAGGUCUCAGUUCUUCCUUCCACGCUGAAGAAGACAGUGUCAGAGAACGAGAAAGAAGGCCAGACCGGUCUGCAGUCAGCAGGCUCUGCUAACAAAACCACUCAGGAUGUGAGGAAAGGCUCGGUGUCAGACUCCCUUCAGCGACCUGGCCGUCUCCGUGUCAACUCUGAGGAUCACGGCUCCUUCAAGACGAAGGACCAAUGUCCAAAACAAGACAAGGACAAGGCAGCGGGCAAUAAGUCAUCAGACUCUGGGGAGGAGGCAGAUAAAGACUUUAUUUUAAUAUAAGUAAGACAAAAAACUACAGAAAUCCGUUGACAAGACUGACAUGUUUUCCUUUAAAAAGCAACUAAGUGGGAAUCUUAAAGAUAUGUUUUCAUUUAUAUUACAAAUCUAGUUUGGUUUUCAGGAAGACCUACUGAAAUAUAUCAGGUAAUACACAGUUUCAAAUAAAAAGUUUGGUAAUUAUGAUAAAACAAUUAUUAUUAACACUUGGGGGUAAUGUUCCAUCACAUGUCACCUAUUAAACCAAACUGUGCUAAUUCUCCUAAGAGCUUCCUUAUCUUUGCUUUCAGAUAAAAUCUCAUGUUUCAGAAAGUAACGUUUUCAGGAUAUUAAGAAAUGUUUCCUAGGGGGACCGAGCAUAUACAACCAAUAAAUACUAAAACCUUUGUAAACCACUAAGAAAAAAAUAGAUGCUUCAGGAACCAGCAGACUUUAUGUGCAAAAGACAGACAUUGAAAGUGUUUAUUGAAAACACUCAUGGUCUUUGACUAAUAAUGAAACAUGUUGUUGUUUUAGCUUGUCUCCCAGGGACCAGACACAUGUAACAACAUCACCAGGAUCACUGUUCUCUACUUGAACUCCAACAUACAACCAGACCAGGCCCCAAUGGCAUUUGUAUAGAUUUUUCUACAUGUUAUUUUUUUCAGUAUGUGCAAGUUACUUCUCUCCGGACUUCAGAGGUGACUGAAUCCAUUAUGCAAUUCUUUGACAUUUAUUUUCCAGGAUAGUACAGGUUCAGCUGAGAAUCUCGGCCCAUCAUCAAUCAACAUAUACACUUGAUGUAGCUUGCCUAACAGCUAAUCUACAUGUCACUAAGAGGAGACUCACCGUUCUCUUCCCUGAAGGAUACUGUCUCUGUGUAGGAGAGUUGGAGUGACCAUAUGAAGUGUUGCUUUGAGAGGACUGUAGUACACUUUAACUUCACUAAAAACCAACCAAUACGGCUCCAGCACUGUUAACUAACACUGUUCUCUGUGUUAAGGAAGAAAGUGUGUCUAGUAGACGCCUGUCAUUAAAGUGCAAUACAGAGUUCCAGCAUAAACAUGUCUGUAGUGGGGUUUUUUGUCAAGUAAACAAAACCGAAUAGCUUAAUUGUUUGCUGGUACACUCACAUGAGACUUUUAAAGUGAGGUGUGCCAGUGUUUGUCACAGUCAUAGAGACUCUGAAUUGCUCUUAAAAGACGGAUUGAUUCCUCACACGUACAUUACAUUCCCCUGGUGUGCUGAUGGUCCAAUGAAAGCAAAGAUCUUAUUCAAAAAGAGGAACACAAAAAAACACUGACAUUUGCUUUCCAUUUCAGAAGCUAUUUUGUGUGAUCUUUGUGUAAAAGCGCGACACUGAGGGAACUCCAGCCUUCAAACACUGCCAACCUGACAUCCAGGGAUUUCAAUUCAGUUCAUAUUUGCUUUGUUCCUCAGCAACAAGUCUCAGGCAGACUCCUCUCAUCUUUGUCUUUUAAGUGCAAGAAAUGCCCUUUUCACACUGCUAGGUAGUCAACAAACAGAUCCCCAAAAUAACCAUAUGUGCAAAGAAUUCAUCUUAUCAUUAAUUGAGAAAAGCUUUAAAAAAUGGUAACUGAGAUGUGUGGCAACGUAUACAUCAAUGUACAGUUUAGACUCUUAGCAUUGGAUUGUAACCUUUAAAUGAAAGUAAUGCAGUUAUAAUAAUGUUGGAUACGCAGGUUAGGACGGACAUUCAUUCACAUUUGUUUUAUAACAUGCUGUUUACAUGUCUUUUUUUAGUUACCUUCAUUACCCAAAAAAUAUCAGAAUUAUUCAAGUCGUAAUUAUAAAUAAGAAUCUUGGAUUUUUUCUGCUAUUAUACUUUAAAAACUAACAAACGUGGAUUCCUCUUGUCAAUUAAAUUGCUAUAGUGCUAUUUUACCAAUGCAGAGUAUGUUUAAACUUUUACCAAAUCAACUUUGCCAUUAUGAUGUGAAUGCAGCAUUAUACCCCUGUAUCACAUAUUUGAAUCCAACUUGGAUGAAACACUGGAAUUACCUUUACUUUUGACUAUCUAGUUGUUGUGUGGCAAACUGUGCUCCAGCAUUAAUACUGAACGUGCACCUGACAUCGCUUUUCAUUUGCAGUGUGAAAGGGGCACAACUUGUAUUUUGAGUCUAAAUAAAGUCAGGGCCAAAGGUCUUACUGGUGCACCUUUACCUAUGGUGUCUAUCGAUGUCUUUUUUGUAGGUUUAUUAUGAUAACAUUCUGUUUCUUUGUCACUCAUCAUGGAUCGGGAAAUAACACUGUUACUGUUGUAAAUAGUUAUUAUAGUGUCUGAUGUCAACAACUGCUUCCAUUUAAGUCUGUCUCAAAAAUCUAUUUUAAUUUGAAAGAUGUUCCAGGACACAGGGAAGAAAAUAAAACUACUUUGCAGUAUGUACUAAAAUAACAUGGACACCCUCUUCUCUCUGUUUGGGAUUUCAGAAGCAGCUGGCUGUGUUUCUGUCAAGUUUUGUGAAAGAUUCAAAUCAGAAAAAUGAGAAUCAGUUUCAUUUCUGUUGGUGCAUGGAGUGGAGAAAGUGAAAAGUAACAUUGAGUCCAGACUCCUGAGUAUAUGUGUGUAUGACUGCAUGAUGUGAGUUGUACUGUUUGUAUAUAUGUGCUUUCAUACAUGUAGGAGUGUGUAUACGUAUGUGUAAUAUACACACUGUGAUGCAUUCACACGCCUAUGUGAACACGGCAAAUCCUAUGUUGUUUUGCUACUAAGUACACUAUUAUACUAGGGGUUUGUUUGUAACUUAUUUGGAAUAAACACAGUGGCCAUGUAUGUCUUGAUCCUUUGUUUUUCCUUUCACAUGUACAUUGUGUUGAUAAAUGUAGAAAUUAAUUAUGUGUACGUAUUAAUUUGUUAUGACAUGUAAUCAAUUUAAUGUUUCUUUCUUUAUGAUUCAAAAAAUAAAUGAUGCAAAACAAUGACUGUUUUCCUUGAGCUGGAAAAAUAAAAUGCAAAUGACAUGUUUGCUAUUUAUCAGUCUGGAUAUGUUAUUUGUUCCAUUUUGUUACGGAUCAAUGUUUCAUUAAGUCAUUCUGCUGGUGUUGGACAUUUCUUCAUGCAAAUAAUAUUGAAUAAAAUAAUUUUACAAGCUUU